UUUUUCAGGCGUCUAUGUAUGGAUCUGACCAGUUUGGAGAUAUCCGACGCAAGACUGUCCAUCGCAUGUCAAUAGGAAGGAGAAGAAUAACACAUUUUAGUACAUCAGGUUUUGAAGCUUCAUGGAGUUCCAUUAAGGAGGAAGGGUAUUAUAACCAACAAGGAGAAUACUUGAGUCAGAGCAUUUUAGAAGAUCCUCAGAGACAUGUUUUAGCAUUAUGCAGUCAAACAGAACCUGUUCCUAUCACAGAAUGUUUUACAGAAAGCCGGCUGAGUUGUUGCAAAAAGAUUGGUGAGGGUGUAUAUGGUGAGGUUUUCAUGACAAAACCCAAUCCUCAUAACAUGGAUGGUGCCACUGUGUUGAAGAUUAUGCCUAUUGAAGGAGAUUUUGAAGUAAAUGGAGAACCUCAAAAGCACUUUAGUGAAAUCCUCUCAGAAAUCAUCAUAUCAUUGGAACUUAGUAAUCUUCAGGAAGUCCAAAGAAGAGCAAAAUAAAACUGGACUGAGAACUUUGUCCAUGUUCUGAACUGCUGGUGUG